CAAUUCAAUGCACAACAAAUUUGCGUUUCAAGAUGAUCAAAUUGUUGCUGGUAGCAUCUCUGCUCUUCGUCUCUGCAGCCACGGCUCAGGAUGAACCAGAGGAAUGCGUACGUGCCUCAACCAGUUCACCGUUGGACAACGACAAAACACCUCAGUUCAUAGUUAUGUCUUUCGAUGAUUCUGCAACUAAUCUAGUGUAUGAAGAAUUCUACAAGAAUAUCUUCAACGGGCGCAGCAAUCCAGACGGAAAUCCAAUCAAAGCGACGUUCUUAAUCCCUCACGAAUACACCGAUUACGAAGUCGUCAAUCGUCUCUACAACGAAGGUCACGAAAUCGGAGUUCACUCGAUCACGAAGAAAGCUGAAGCAGCUUAUUGGCAAUCCUCAUCUGUUGAGAAUCUUGUGGACGAGUUCAAGGGUCAAAAAGAGAUCAUCUCUAAAUUCGCCAACAUUCCUGAGGAUCACAUCAGGGUGGUGAGGACGCCGCAUUUGCAGCUCGCCGGAGACAAGAGCUUCGAGGCGUACAAAAGAUCAGGUCUGGACAUCGACAGCAGUUGGCCGGCGCUCUCCAAAACCAAACUCUUCCCAUACAAUCUGAAGUGCAAGAGCAACGCUCAAUGCUCGAUCGGCGAGUGCCCUGAAGAGAGCUACGACGAGAUGUGGGUCGUUCCGAUCAACAACAUCAAGGGUGUAAAUGACAUCGAGUGCAACACGCUUUUCGCAUGCCAAAUGAACUUGACGCAACCGGAAUUGAGCCAAUGGUUGUUGCGUGAAUUCAAGAGCGCUGCGGCGAAUAAAAGUCCGUUCAGUUUAUUGGUGAACAGCGCUUGGUUCACCAUCUAUCCCGACGCUUUGGCCGCUCUUCAAGCUUUCAUUGAUGAAGUUCUGGAUGAAGGAAACACCUAUUUCGUCUCACAUUCGGAAUUAGUCGAAUGGGCUAAAAAUCCUGUCGAGGCAGCCAAUUUUGAAACCGUUGCUGAACCGAGGAGUGCUGAAUGUGAGAUAAAUAACAUUUGUCCUUUAGAUUUCGAAGAGUUUGGUACCAGAUACAUGAAGUCUUGCGUCAAAUGUCCACCGAAAUAUCCGUGGUUGGGAAACCCACAAGGAUUGAUGGAAUAAACCAAUUAUCUAUAAUGUAUAUUGAUUAAUUCAAUAAGAAAAAACAUGAUUAUCUAUU